AUCGUGGUGGAGCAGGGCCAGAGGCGAAAAACCGUCGUCGCUCCAUGGGCACUCUCUUCCGCGUCUGACAGUGGCCAGAGCACUGAGGAGAACCUCUGGAAGAAUGGGCACAUUGGCGAUUGUCCCAUGUCCCAUUGGAUGGAGAAGCCCAUGUUGCGAAUACUAUUCUGCGGUGGAUAUGUAUCCUCAGUGGAGGGACCCCAGACACAGGACCCGGGACCCGCGUGACUGAUGAUGGAUCGCACACCCUUUUUUUCUCACGGCAAUGUCCAGAUCUGCGAAAAAAUUCCCACUUGCUCUCUCCUCACAAAUCUGGCAAGUUUGCUCUCGGGGGGUCACGCAGACUUGAUCCUUCCUCGCGGGCAAGAUCCCCAGACCACCGCGAAAAUCGCCCUUUACCCCGGAAACGCAGUGUAACGUGGGAUCUUCGUCCCUCCCCCGCAACUAAAGCCUGCACAAGGAUAUAAAGAGAAGCUGGUCGGGCGAUCAGCGGGGAGGUUGGGAGUGUUUGGUUCCAACUCGUCUGUGAAUCUGUCCUGCCCUGUUUCUUGUGCGACAUUUCUCGCCAGCAGGGUUGUGCGACUAGGAGGUGGCCGCACGUUGUCACCCUUCACUUCAACAUCCAACCACCCUCGACACUCUACAACUCAUUUAUUUUGAUUCAGUUUACCCUAACGAGGUGGAAGGAAGAAAGCACACGCAAAGCUGAGACGGAUUCAAUCAUGUCGGAAAAGGCGAUCGAGGAGAACGUCAUCUCCUCGCGACCCUCCCACGGCGCGCCGGAGCAGGUCGCACGAGAUGAGAUCGAGCACCAGAAGACCUUUGACGAUGUCAUCCACAAUGCUCAACGGGCCACCGAGAAGGAGCACAAGAUGACCUUGUGGCAGGGCAUCAAGCUCUACCCCAAAGCCGUCGGAUGGAGCAUCUUGAUCUCGACCUGCAUCUGCAUGGAAGGGUACGAUGUGUGCUUGUUGAGCAACUUCUACGCGUUCCCUCAGUUCCAGAAAAAAUACGGCAAGCAGCUCCCCGAUGGAAGUUGGCAAAUUCCGGCCAGCUGGCAGUCAGGGCUAAGCAAUGGUGCCAAUGUCGGUGAAAUCCUUGGUCUUUUCAUCAAUGGCUGGGUCUGUGAGCGUUUCGGCUAUCGCUACACUCUCAUCACCUGCCUUGCUCUUGUCGCCAUCUAUACGGCUAUCUUCUUCACCGCGCAGACCGUGGUGGCCAUCCAGGUCGCUGAGAUCCUCUGUGGCAUACCUUGGGGAAUGUUCCAAGUCGCAACGAUAACCUAUGCCUCAGAGGUCUGCCCCGUGGCACUCAGAGGAUAUCUUACAACCUAUGUGAACUUCUGCUGGGGGGCUGGGCAGGUGCUUGGCAUUGGUGUCAUCAAAGCAAUGCUUCCUCGAGACGAUCAGUGGUCCUACCGAAUACCGUACUCUUUGCAGUGGCUAUGGCCGGCGCCUCUAAUUGUUGGAAUAUUCCUUGCACCAGAGUCGCCAUGGUGGCUUGUGCGAAAAGGCCGGAUUGACGACGCCAAAAGGUCCCUUCUCCGACUGACCUCUCUCAAUCGAGAGACUGACUUUGAUGCCGACGAGACCGUUGCAAUGAUGGUCCACACAACUGCCCUAGAAGAGAAAAUCACACGAGGCGCCACUUACUGGGAUUGCUUCAAAGGCACAGACCUACGACGGACUGAGAUUGUGUGCAUGGUGUGGGCGAUCCAGAACCUGUCCGGCAACUCUUUCUCGGGGUAUUCGACGUAUUUCCUCGAACAAGCAGGCCUGGCGCCCAGUAAAUCAUAUGACUUUGCUCUCGGUCAGUACGGGAUCAACAUGGCUGGGGUGUUCGGCGCCUGGUUCCUGAUGACUUGGGGCGUCGGACGACGAUCACUCUACCUCUACGGACUCUGUGGCCUAUUCUCCAUGCUGCUGAUCAUGGGGUUUUUAGGCCUAGUUCCGCGCGCUCACAGGGACGAAGCCGCCCUAGCUACAGGGUCAAUCAUGCUGGUCUGGGCACUCUGCUAUCAACUGACCGUGGGCACGGUUUGCUAUUCCCUGGUUGCGGAGCUCUCCACCCGCCGUCUACAGAUCAAGACUGUCGUGUUGGGCCGCAACUUAUACAACGUCGUCGGUAUCAUCUGCUCCGUUUUGACACCGUACAUGCUCAACCCUGGUGAGUGGAACUGGAGCAACUACGCCGGUUUCUUCUGGGCAGGAAUCUGCUUCUGUUGCAUCAUCUACACAUACUUCCGUGUCCCAGAGCCAGCCGGACGCAGUUUCGCAGAACUGGAUCUCCUGUUUGAGAGGGGAGUGAGUGCACGAAAGUUCGCGAGUACGCACAUCGAUGUCUUUGAGGAGUCCGUGGUUCAUGAAACAGUGGAGGGGACGGGCACUUUGCGAAACUACGAAGAGAAAAGGGGAAGUGUUGUGCGCGGAGUUAUUGGAGAAGAGACAAUGCCUCCAAGGCAAUUGAUUUGAGAGAACGAUCCUUUAUGAAUGAGCUGGAAGGGGCUAAAGUGAGAGGGAAGUGGACUUGUGGUGGAUGAGGCUACGAGGCUACGAGGCUGAAAUAAAUGUGGAGCUUUUCCAAAUGCAGUAACCCAUGACGCCUGCCAAGAAUUGGCGGCCGCCUUGGAACAAUGUAAAUAUUUCAUUGCUUGCCUUCUGGGUUCUAAGUGUCACUUUGAACCAAGCCAAUAUAUAUUUU